UUCGUUUUGUACAGUUUCAACAUCGCUGCUAACAGGAACGCUAAACUGGAUAAAAUCACACAGAACCAUAAUGAGUUAUUCUGUAACCCAGAGUACUACUAGGACCAAAGAUCCAACUAAAGCUGUGAUCACGGAGCGGCCUUUUGACUGUUUAUAUGAUCCCGUUUACACCGUGUCAUCAGAGGUGGACCGCAACAGGGCCAUUCUCAAAGCCUAUGCGACCACUGUGAACUACAGAAAGGUUGUUGAUUUCGAGUCUAUAUUUAGCAGCCAACCUCGGUACACUCUCAAACUGGAUGCAGUGCCAUCCUAUGCUAAUGACUGGCGAGGACGGGCUGAACAGUGCAAGGAGGUCCUGCAGAAACUGGCCGGAGUUAAUCCAAACCCUCAUAAAUGCCCUGUGACCGGUGCUGAUUACUGGAAAUACAUUAAAAGUCCUGUGAUUCCGUUUGAACAAAGCUUUCCACCAGAUGUUGUAUUUGAAUUUUCUGGGGAAGAUUUUGAAGCCAGUGAGGAGGAGCAGCAACCCGCCCAGCGCACAGUGGGGGUUCAGACAGACUACAGAGAAAAUGAAACGCAGACUGACCCCUACAGCCCUGAGUAUGUGCUGCAUCCUGGGACAGGUCCCUCCGAGCUCCUGCAACUGGCAUCGUUGACUUGGGGUCACGGCUUGCCAGCAGGCCUCGCUGAGGUGGAAAUGAUAGAGCGGAUGCGUGCCAAGCAGGUUUGGGAAGCCAGCCUCCCUCCGAUGCAUGACCUGAGCCAGCUCGACAAGAGGAGGCGAAUGAUGGUGGAGAUGGAGGCCAAGGAGUGGGCUUUCAGGGAAGAGGAAAUCCAAAAGCUGCACGAUGCCCGCCUUGCUGUGCUAAUGGAUCUGCGGCUGCAGGGAAAUGAAGCUGAGAACGAAGCUGCAUAUAACAGAUUAACCCAAAUAUACGCUGCGCGCCUGAGAGAAAAGGAUCUCAAGCUGGAGAAAAUCCACAAAGUCUACAUGAGGUCACUUAGAAAACUGGAAGCUAAGAGGAUGCAAAUAGAGGGAAAACUACAGCAGGUAGGAGUAGAGAAAUCUUUUAAGCAACGGAAGAAACAAUCUAAAGACAUCAAGACUGGGAAGAAGUCUGCUGUAGAAAAAGCUGUGAAAAAACUUAACGAUUACAAGGCCCUCAGUGAGGAAGAGGCUGUGGAAACGAAAGAGAAGAGGCUUCGUCUUCUGAUCAAAAAGGAGAAGCCUCCUCCUGCUGCUGUCACUCCAACGGUAGAAACCCCCCCUGAGGAGGAUGAGCAGACAGAGUUUGCAGUAAUUUGUUUGCAAAAACUACUCAGAGGAAGAAGAACCCAAUAUGAGAUGUUUCAGGGUAAAGAGAACAAUCAAGAGCUCAUCAGGGAGCUGAGGAAACUCCACACUCUGCAGAGUGAGGAGCAGGAGCUAAAUAAAGCUGAAAAAAAACAUAUAAUGACUCUGAAGGAAAAGAGGGAUGAGCAGAUGAACAAGGCCUUGCAGGAGGAAGCAUGUCAGGCAGCAGUGGUUGGUCAGACCCUCACACAGCUGUUUGAUAGCUUGUCCAAGGAGCUGGUUCUGCUCCAGGAGGAGCGCAGAAUCCACGCUUUCACACUGAUGGCUGAAAGAGAGCGACGCAAGCGGGAGGCAGAGGAGAGCGGGAGGCGUCAGUUGGAGGAGCGUAGACGCAGAGAAGGAGAUGAGAUUUUCAGACAAAUAGUGCAGGUGCACCAGGAAAGUGUGGAUAUGUAUUUAGAGGACAUCAUUUUGGGAUAUGUGGAGCGUGUGGCUGACGAGCAGAGCAGAGAGGAGAUCCGUAGGAAGGCAGAGCAGCUCAACGAUGUUGCUUACGCUCUUGAAAAAAGCUUGGACAGUUGUCAGUCGGAGGAGAUUGUGUCAGAGCUGGUGUACAGCUUUCUUAUCCCUGAAGUUGAGAAGAUUAACAUCAGAAAAAGAGUACACUUGAAGCAGCAGAGACACUUGGAGGCAGCUCAGAGCAUCAUUCAGGGACUCGAGGCGCCCACUGGAACCCAUCGUCCUGAAUCGCCACAGGUGACCAUCUCUGGUGUAGGAACCUCUAGACAGGCUGAGGACGAGAUGAACGGCCAAGAGAAGCUGGAAUAACAUAAUCAGGCUUCCCGGAUUCUAAGUAAAGACGUAUACAAAGAUUAAAAGGCUAGGCUUUAAUAUCUGAUCCAAAACUGUUUUUUUUUAUUAAAGCAGUCUCAUAAAUCUAAUUCUAUCUAUUAAGAAAUUAAAUCCCAUUGAAGUAUUAUUUAAUUCAAUACCCAAGUGAGGCUGCAAGAUUUAUAAGUCUUGACUAUAUAAAGAUUGUACAGCUGGAGGGGAUUUUAAAACACGCUAUAACUGUGAAUCUGACAGAUGAGAUAUUAUCAUUUGGAUAUAUAUGUAUUUUUGAGAAAGGUUUCAUAAAUAUUUAAGAAGUCUGCUUUUUAAAAAUCAGCUCCAAAGUUUCUUUUUUGUCUGUUUUGAAUUGGCUUUUGAGAUGUCAUGAAUAUCCAACAUGCAACAAAUUCCUUAAUAA